AAAUGAAAGGAGGGAGCACAAGCAAAAAGGAUGAUCAAUGGAAAUUGAAAACCUGAAGAGAGAUUUUUGGAUAGGCAAAGCAGCGGGGAUCGGUCCUUUCUCUCAGCGUCGGAUUUGAUUUCCCCGGCAUGGAGUCUCGUCACGCAACCCUUGGUCGUCGAACGUUGGAAGAAAUUCGUCAAAAGAGAGCAGCUGAAAGACUAAGCAAAACGUCUUCUGGACCAGAUCUUACCAAAUCUUCAAACACUAAUGAGGUUUUUGGGAUUAAGAAGUCUGAGAGUGCAACUCGCCUAUCAGAGAAUGAUAUCACUGGCUUAGUUUCUCAAUUGAAAGUUGUGCAAAAAAAUAACGCCGAACUAGACGAAGAAAAUAGAGCACUGGCCUCAAAGCUUCAGGCAAAGGAAGUUGAGAACAACAUGGUGCAAAAGCAGCUUAAUGAUCUGGAGCAAAACACCAUACCAUCAUUACGAAAAGCACUCAAGGAUGUUGCCAUGGAAAAGGAUGCAGCAGUUGUUGCACGAGAGGAUCUUUCAGCUCUGCUUCGUACAAUUAAGAAACGUUUGAAGGAAGUAGAAGAGGAACAGUAUCGGGCUGAAGAGGAUGCGGCAGCUCUAAGAGCGGAACUUAACUCAUUACAGCAGCAAGCAAUGACCAGUCCUGUUAGUGGUCUAACUUCAAUGAAUUUUCCGCCAGAUCAUAUGCAUGCUAUGGAGAAGGAGCUAGCAAAUCUGAAGUCUCAAUUAGAGCAAGUGACCCUGUUGAGGCAACAAGAAAAACAACAGUUAACGGAGGAGAAAGCGCAUGUAGCUGCACUAAGUUCUCAGAAGCAGGAUUUGGAAGAGAAGCUUGCUGUCAUGUCCAAAAAGGUCUCAGAUGAAGUCACCGGAGAGGCAUCCCAGACAUUCUCAGAGGAAGACAAGGUGAGGCUUGAAAAGCAAUUACAUGAUAUGGCAGUUGCUAUUGAAAGAUUGGAAAGUAGCCGGCAGAAACUUCUAAUGGAGAUUGAUUCACAAUCCUCAGAGAUAGAGAGGCUAUUCGAGGAAAAUUCUAAUCUUUUGUCCGCUCAUCAAGAAGCUCUAGGGGUGGCAGUGCAGUGGGAGAAUCAGUUGACAGAUUGGAGGAAGGUUUAUGUGCAUCGUUCUCUCAUAAGGUUGGUACCAAAAAGUGUGUAUAAUUGCAAAAGAGUUUCCGGGGAAGAACUAGCCAAUAAAUCCAGCAAUUUGUUAACCCUCAAAACCAAAUAGUCUUGGUGAAUGUGACGAUAAACAUCUCUGGAUUGAAAUCAAAGCACGAAGCCCUAAUAGUACCACUGAGAACAAAAAAGAUGUCUAACCUCUUUAUGUAAGAAAUCAGAACAAUGAAGAGACAUCAUCUUGAGGAAGAUUUUGGGUUGGCUAGCUUCUGCUACUGCAAAUUCGUGAAGUAUUCAAUAGUUUACUCAGUUUGGCUACACGUGAUUUCCUACUCCUGAAGCAUAAGCUGUGCUUUAGCAAAAAGCUUAUAUAGAGCAGCGGUCCUAUAUAUCUAACUUCUGAUCUUAGAUGCAAUCAGUUGGUUGAAUACAUUUCUUUCUUUGGUGUACGGGAUAAUUUUAUCAAAUCAUAAUGUAAUUUAUUACACCCUUGGUAAUGUAGCUCCAACGUCCCAAACGUGUCUUUCUGGUCAAAGGCAUUAUUUUUGAAGGACUCCCAUGCAGGUCAAAGAUUGUCUCAAGCAAAAUGAGGAGCUUCGUUUUGUGUUAGAUAAGUUGAGGAACGACCAAGCUGCUAUAGAAACUGCAAA